GAAGAAGUUGGAAGAAGAGCGGUGAAAGCACUCGAAAAUGUUUACGGAACAAAAUUUCGAUUUGGUACAGGCGCUGACAUAUUAUAUCCUUCAUCAGGUGGCUCGGAUGAUUGGGCUAAAUCAAAAGCUGGAGUGAAAUUUGUAUAUCUACUUGAGCUAAGGCCAGGUGAAAACGGUUAG